GAAGACGGGAAUCCAACUGACGAUACUUCCUUUUUUGGGGACGGACAACUCCCCCUGCUGUAAUCUGGAUGAUCUUUAUGAACGACGACUGAGAUAGAACCUUACUCUUCAGUGAGUUGGCCUGCUUCUUGAAAGACUCGGACAGUUUUUUGUUGCGUAUACAUGUAAACAAUACGGUAAAUAAUCGUGCAAAUGUCAAACAACUCUACACACUUGUCUCUGGUUACAUGUAUGCAUUUGUGUAUCUCAGAGAUGUCGAGGCAGAACAUAAAACGUCCUCCGGUGAGAGAGUUUAUCCAUCGAAUGAAAGCUGAAAUACGACAGCUUCAACACGAAAGCUUUAAGGAAAACAUACGAAAGUGGAAAUAAGGUUCUUAGAAUAAGAAAGUAGCGACACCGAUAUCAGGUGAUAACAUAACAUCCGUUUUUCCACCUAUAUAAAGGCCAAAAAAAUCGACAGACACCCAGACUACUGCAGAGUGGAAGCUUUCGUGAUCAUAUUUAGAAUGGUUUUACCGGUGGUGAUUGCGGGAGUACUGACCACAGUCGGCGCCUACAUAGGAACUCCUACAGUUCUUAGUGUUGUGGGAUUCACUAAGGCAGGCGUGACAGUUGGAUCCAUGGCGGCUGCUGUGCAGACCCCCGCCACUGCAGCCGGAGGCUUCUUUGCCCUGUGUCAGAGUGCGGGUGUACUGGGAUUGGCCGCGAGUACCAAGGCGGCCAUUUCUGCUGUUGCUGGAGCCGUGGUAUCAGUCGCUGCCUACGUAUGGCCAUGGAGCUUACUUCUUUGAGAAACAAACUAAUAUACAUGUAUAUGAAUUAUCUUGAAAAUUAAUUUGUAUGCUAAAUGUUGAGACUUUCAAUCAGUAAUAAAUCAAAUGAGACUUUAAAAAAAA